GAAGUGAGGCGCCGGAAGCGACAGUUGCUAUGGAGGCGAACGAAGACUGGCUCGUGGAGUCCUUGCGCUUGUACCAGGAUUUCCAUGCAUUCGACCUCUCAGGAGCCACCAGAGUUCUUGAAUGGAUUGGUAAAAAAGGAAUCUUUGUUGCUGGCUACGAAAGCCAGCAAAAAAAUGAGAUUCUUCAUUUGUUAUUACCUCUCAGACUUUCUGUAAAGGAGAACCAGGGCUUGUUCCCAGAAAGAGAUUUUACAGUGCGCCAUGGAGGAUUUUCAGACAAACCAAUCUUUGAUCUCAAACACGUGCCAGAGACCAGGUUGCUGGUGACCAGUAGCAUUCCUGGUGUUUCCUUGCAGGUGUGGCAGAUGGCAGAGGACAGUGAUGUCAUUAAAGCCGUCAGCACUAUUGCUGGGCAUGAGGAAGAGGGCAGUCUCUGCCCGAGGAUGGCUGUCUUUUCCGCGGGAGCCCCUGGAGUCCUCCACGGGGAGAGGCUCCGAAGUCUGAGGAUUACAGACUUGGAAUCCCAGAAGACCAUAUACACCUCAGGUGUUGGUGACAGUGAGGUGCUGAGUAGCCUGCAGGUCCUGGAUGCAGACACCUUUGCCUUCUGCUGCACCUCUGGCCGGCUGGGACUGGUUGACAUUCGCCAGAAGUGGGCACCAUCUGAGAACCUUGGCCCCAGCCCAGGGGCUGGUGGAGGGAGGUGGUGUGCAGCGGUCAGGGCCAGAGGCCAGGGCUGUGGCUCUAGCAUUGCCAGCCUUGGCUCAAAUGGCCAGCUCUGUCUCCUUGACUCCCGGGACCUCUGCCACCCUGUGAGCUCAGUGCAGUGCCCCGUCUCCACACCCAGCCCGGACCCAGAGCUGCUGCGAGUGACGUGGGCUCCAGUCCUGGACAAUUGCUUCGCCAUUUCAGGUUUUGAUGGAACAAUCCAGGUCUAUGAUGUCACAUCUUGGGGUGAAGUGGAGAACCAAGUCGAACCUCUCUUCACACACAGAGGUCACAUCUUCCUAGGUGCAAAUGAGCUGGACCCCACUCCACUGGUCACCACCCACCUCUGGCACCCCUGCAAACCGAGGACUCUGCUGUCAGCCGCAAGUGAUGCCUCUUUGCAUGUGUGGGACUGGGUGGACCUCCAAGCCUCCUGCUAGCACGGGCCCCUGCGACGAGGAGCAGCAGCUGUGUUAGCCAGGACCCAGUGACCAGAUGUUCCUGUUACCAGCUGUUUGUUGACACUUAGGCAAGUCACUAGCCCUUCUGAACCCAUUCCCUAACCUGUAAAAUGAGGAUUGGAAUAACGACUUUGCAUGGUGUUGGGAAGGUUAGAAAUAAUGUACUCAAAGCUACUUGACGGACAGUUACAUGUUCAGGUACAGGUUACAGAAACCAUUGCCUUACCUAAUGAGCUUGUGACUAACUUAACAGCUUGUCUUCAGGAGAAUAUCUUGUUUGUAUCAAUAUGCUGAAAUACUGCCUGGUUUCACUCUUGACAUGAUUUCAUUUUUAUGUGUGUUAUGAGUAGAGAGACAUGUACAUAUUAAAAGUCUGUUGUAUAUAUA